AUGGCUUCCUCGCUCGUCUCUUCUUUUCAAGCCAGGUCAGCAUUUUUGGGAGAUAGAAAUGUGUUCAAGGUCUCAUCAACAACGCCAUUUGCUCAAGUUGGUUUCUCUAGUAAGACCAUUGAGUGUAAGGAAUCAAGGAUAGGGAAGCAACCGAUCGCUGUACCAUCCAAUGUGACCAUAGCACUAGAAGGUCAAGACUUGAAAGUGAAAGGUCCAUUAGGAGAGCUUGCGUUAACUUAUCCACGCGAAGUUGAGCUCACCAAAGAAGAUUCCGGUUUCUUGAGGGUCAGGAAAACCGUCGAAACUAGAAGAGCCAACCAAAUGCACGGCCUUUUCAGGACGCUGACCGAUAACAUGGUUGUUGGAGUAUCAAAGGGUUUCGAGAAAAAACUCAUCCUAGUCGGUGUUGGUUAUCGUGCGACAGUAGAAGGGAAAGAGCUCGUACUGAACCUCGGGUUUUCUCACCCGGUUAAAAUGGCGAUACCAGACAGCCUUAAAGUGAAAGUAGAAGAGAACACAAAAAUCACCGUGAGUGGCUACGAUAAGAGUGAAAUCGGACAGUUUGCUGCGACGGUUAGGAAGUGGAGACCACCGGAGCCAUACAAGGGUAAAGGAGUCAAGUAUUCCGAUGAGAUUGUUCGGAGGAAAGAAGGCAAAGCUGGAAAAAAGAAGUGA